GUGAGGCGGCCUGCCUGCCCACCAUCCCGCCCGCUGCCUCCCAUUCUGCCCUGUGCCACCCUGCUGACUCACAGCCACUUCCGCCACCACCCUGGCUUGCGCCGCAGAGGGGAGGGUAUAAGUGCCCAGAGGGUGGCCCCGGCACUGCCUCUCCCAGCUUCCGAGCACAGCAGAUGGCCCGGUGCGGGGCUGCACUCCUGCUGCUGCUCCUUGCAGCCGCCAGCUUGCGCACUGGUGAGGCCUUCAGAUGCUUUACCUGUGAGCUGCCCACACCUGUUUCCUUAUGCAAGAACAUCUCUGUCUGCAAGCCAGAGGACACGGCCUGCAAGACCACGCUGCUGCAGAUUGAGUCAGAGUACCCGUUCCACCAGAGCCCCAUGGUGACCCGGUCCUGCUCCAGCUCCUGCAUAGCCACCGACCCCGACAGUAUUGGGGCCGCCCACCUCGUCUUCUGCUGCUUCCAUGACCUGUGCAAUUCAGUGCAGGCCAGCAGGCUCCUUGGCCACCUUCCCUGAAGGUCCUGGCACCAGCGGAGGUCACCUCUACCCACUUCCGUGAGCUUCCCGAGCCUCAGGUUAAUCAUGGGACCCAAAGGGUGAGAGCCUUGCAGGGGGCACUCUCUGGCUCCCACCCUGGCAGAGAAUAAAGCAAGCCAAGGCACAGGCGACCCCGUUCCUUCCUGGGUGCCGAGAGCCCAUGGAGCCUGGCUGCAGGAGCACUGGGCUGAGUCGGGCCACUCUGGGCACUCGGGCUGUUUGGACUCAUUUCAUGGAAGGGGGAGCGGUGGCUUCGGGUGCGAAAUGCAUCCUGGGCUGGCCUUCGUGGAAACCAGUCCCAGGGCACCUCAGAGCAGGACCAGCUCCUGAGCCCAAGGGAAAUCUGCCCCCACUCCCGCCCCCCAGGUAGGAGGGAAGCAGGAGUGAAGGGUGCGUAUGUCCGCCCUGGGGCGGGGGGUGGGGGCUGGGAGCACAGCACAUGGUCUCCUGGAGGGGGCACGGGGUGGGCUGCGUCUGGGUCAGGUGUCACCCACACACCUGGCCUCACUCACCUCCCCUGACCAGGGCCCACUGAGUCCUUGGCCCUGGGGACAGCCAAAGUGAGAAGAGAUGGGGUGUAGGAGGCGCUAAGGACAUGCCAGCUUGGCCCAGACACCAAGGGCCAGUGCCGGGCCCUGCACCACACUGGACAUGCGGCACCCGGGGUGGGGACGGAGGGGCCAGACCUCGGACCCUGUUUCCCCUGCAAGCUGCCCACCAUCCCCCCCCGCCCCCGGCCCUGACCUGGCUCGGCAGCCCUGGGGGGAGGUGGGGCGGGAGCUACGCCCGGCGCACUGGCAGCCUCGGAGCCUGCUUGGCCCCAGCUGGCCGCCACCCCUCCCCAGGCCCCGAUUCCCACUGGUGCCCUCUGGGCCGGGCAACUUCCAGGUUCUGCAUCUUGGCCAGCCUUCCCCAGAGCUUCUGCAGCCAAGAGCUCCAGCAUCCACUUGCCCACUCCCCGUGGUGAGACGGGGCCCUGGGCCCAGGCCUCCAAAUCUGGGGUCCGGCAGCUUUCCUUGGGCUGGGGCCGCACAGCUGACAGAGGGUGCCCCUGCCCAGAGCCCGUGAGCUCGGGCGGCCACCAACGCAGCCGAGCGGCCUGAGCCCAAGGAAAGCCCCUGACGUCUGCAGGCCUGAGAACGCCUGCCAGCCCUGCACAUCCCGCUGUCUCCUCGGGAGCUGGGGACGCCACGGAGGAGGCCUUGGGACGGCUGGCCCUGGCGUACCCACAGCGGGGACAGGAGCUGCUCACACAGCUGGGGGCACUUGUGGCCUUGGGAUCCAGGAAUUGUCUGUGGGGUCACAGAGAACACAGGAGGGGAGAUGCCCACCAAGGGUGAUCCGCUCCACAGGCAGGAUGGCUGAGGCUGCUCAACGCCCUCUGUCCCCCGGCCCAGCCCUGGGCCCUCGUCAGGAUCCUCCUCCCUGGUUGGAGCUCCUCCAAACAGAACGAGUGAGACAGCCUCCCCUCCCGUCCCCACUGGCUGGGGCAUCUCCCUUGAGUUGACAGAGAAACCCCGGUGCCCCUGGGACACACGAUGUUCAGCCCAGAUGCCCCCAACCAUCCUGAACACCUCCUAACACAGACCCUGCCUCCCAGCCCCUGCCCUGCUCCAGGGUGCCAGCUGGCCGCCACCACUGCAGGGACCUGCUGGGACCCAGACCCACUGUGUGCACACCGCUUCCUGUCCCCAGUCCCACCGUGUGACACCUGGGGUGACCUCCACGCUCCCCCACCCCCCGUAUGUGCCCCACAGGACCUGCACGUACACCUGUUAGACGGGCAGACACAGACGUUCCACACGGAUACCCAAGCACCCCUGUAGGCCAGGCACCGCUGCCCAGGGUGGGUGCGAGGCCCAGCCUGGCCAGCCCCAGGGCCCAAGGGCCAGGCGGGACGUGGGAAGAGCUGAGCUUCAGCCGACCUCCCUCGGCCUCAGCCAGGCCGCAGCCUUCCCUCCCCAGUGCCCACUUCGAAUCCAACUGCCGGUUCUCUUCCAGGCCCUUGGAGCAGGUGGUCAGGGCACGACGUGGCCCAUAGCGCCCCUCACCCGCCUUAUGUGCCGGCCCCACCUCCUGCCCUCUUUGAGGGACUUACGGCACGGGACCUGGGGGACCCCACCUCCACCCGUUAAGGCCCACUGACCUCUGCCAACCUGCCGCCCCCACCUCA